AUGGAUGUAAGAAAAAGAUUUUGUUUUGAUAAUCCUGAAGAUGCAUAUUGGAAUGAAAAUUCUGGAGAAGCAAGUAACAUCAAUAAAAGGUUAACAAAAUUAUAUAAUAAAGCAUCAUCUAACUGGUCUUUUUUCGAUGACAUUGAAGAUUUAGAAAAUGAAAAUGAUGUUACAUCUGCUCGGGCAGCAUUAGAUGAAUUAAUGAUCAAUGAUGUGAAUGAUUUAGUAGUACACAAAGUAAACAGUGAUACAACAAAAUCUGAAACUGAGAAUACAAGUGAAAAUGAUAGUAAUUCUAUUAUUGAACAUAACUCUUCUUUUUCGGAUUGGGAUGAUAAACAUGAAUCAUCAAAUUCAUUUAGUAAAAUUCUUGAUGUUCCACAUACUUCUAAAUCAUCAACAGUAGAGUUUUCUAAUAAGGCGCAAUCAAUAUCUUCUUUUUCUGCAGACUCAACACAAUUAGAUUAUACACGUUUAAAAUCAGAACAUCGAAAAUUGCAAAAGUAUUUGGAAGUUGUGAGAGCUGAAAGAUUUCAACCAUUGAAAUCACAGGAAAUAGUAAUGCGACUCAUAAAAAGAGAACCAGUUUCAUUAGAUCUUUUACGAACAAAAGAGGAAAAGAUGGAUUUAAUAGAUUAUGGGAUUCAGUAUGGUCAUCAAGAUGUUAUCGUUAAAAUUCUUAUUUUUUUAAAAUCAACAUUGAAAUCUUCAUUGUUCCGUGAAAUUUUGUUAUUAAAAUCUGAAGCAGCAAAGGCUUUUAUAAGUUAUUUAUAUGAAUCUGAAGAUUAUGAAGAAUUAACAAAUACAUUAUAUGCACUUGGUAAAGUAGGUGAAGCAGCAAUGGUUGAAUUUUUCUUAGCUUCUAGAAAAAGAGUUGUAGAACAGAAAGUUCAAGCAUUAAAACAAACAAUUAAUAGUGGUUUCAGUGAUCCAGGAUUAUGUGAUUCAAGAAAUAUUGUUAAGGAUUAUGUAGAUUUACUUGAACGACAAUUAGUUAUUGAAAUGGCUGAUAACGUAAUAAUUAAAAAUGACAAGUGUCAGCUUUUUAAAGAAUUUCCUAGAAAAUGUAUUUUGCCAGGAAACAGUCUUUAUAAUACAAUAUAUUAUUGUAGCUUAUACCAUUACACACUUCCUGAAAAUGAGUAUUCUUCACCACUAUCAAUCAAAGGAGCUUUUUCUAUUAGUGAUAAAGAAUAUACAUAUUUAUCUAUUUCAGCAUUAGCUAAAACUUCAUCAUGGUUAGAAAUUGAUAAUCUUAUUACUUCGAAAAAAUUAUUAGGAGGAAAAAAGACAGUCUGUUUAUUUCCAUGGAAGUUAUUCUUUAGUCUAGUUACUAAACACCAAAUUCCUCCAAAAACGUAUUUAGAGAAAUGGCUUUGUGCCAUAGAAUCAUUAGAAGAGAGAAAAAAAAUAGCAAAUUUUAAAUCAAUUAAAAAUUGUGUAGAUUUUGAAGUUUUGCUUAAAGACGAUGAAAAAUCUGGACGUGAGAAGCAAAUAUCUGGAAUGUUUGCUAAAAUCAAUAAACAAGUUGAGGUUAGAAAAAUUUCAGAAGCAUUUAAAAGUAGUCCAAUAUUUGGAAGAAAAAGUUAA